UUUCCUGGCACACAGAGAGAGACAGAGAGCAAGAGAGAUGAGUUUUUGCAAGCCAAGCCAUGCGCUGCAUCUUGCAAAGACAAGGCCCUCGGGGACGUUGGUGCAAUCGAAGCUCACACACGAGAUUCCAGCAGAGAGGAAUGCAUGCAAAGAAGGAGAAGAGAAAACAAGGGCACCUGAAGCUCAACUGAGGAAGGAUGGUCAGUUUUGGAGACCUACCAAAAGAGGUCCUGCUGGACAUUUUAUCCCUGGUCCCUGCAAGGGAUCUGGUCUGGAACUGCCGGCCGGUUUGCUCCCGUUGGCGGGACGUGGUGGAUUUGGAUGUCCUCUGGAAGCGUAAAUGCCAAUGGGGCGGCUACCAUGUCGUGACGUUGGACAACACCGUCCAAGACUGGAGGGCCUUCUACUUCCUCUGUAGCCUGAAGAAGAACCUGAUCAAGAACCCGUGCGGAGAAGGGACUCAAGCCAAAUCACUCUUCUCUUUCUUGGUUUCCUUUUUUCCUGCAGAGGGUUUGGACUUCUGGGAGAUUGAACCGGGUCAAGAGGAUGCUUGGGACUUUUCAAGCUUGGGUGAACCUCCUCCCUUUCCUGGGCAGAUUAGGUCUGGAUUUGGGGUCUAUAGUGGCGGCAAGAAAAAGCAGCUUAUCACCUUAAAGGACCAUGGCUAUUGGGACGAAUUGAUGGACGAGAUGAAGCCAGACAUUGCAAUAAAGGAUUGGACCGACGUCUUCGACCUUUAUAUUUAUAUCCUGAACGUCAAGCUGUUGGCUGAAGAUCUCCAAGUCCUCGGUCAGUGCGAAACCAAAGACUUGGAUAUCAUCAUGGACGAUAACGAAUACUGGACCGAGGUUUCGUACACUUUUCGCAACUGCCCUCGCGGGGUUCGCCACAUCCUUUUUGAACACGGCAUCACUGGGGUCGACUCCGGCGCUUUAACCAACAGUUGGGUUACCAUUGCCCCACAUUUGCCAUAAAAUGAGAUUAUGCUGCAUGUCACCAACUUGCUCUUUUAUAGCUUUCUUUUUCGGUCAGGGAAACCGAAAUCUGUGGACGCUCAAGUCCCAUUAAACACAGUGGCCUAGUAAAA